AUGUCUUCAAAAUUAUUUAAAUACAAAAAACAAGGAGAAAAUUAUAUACUUUCAGUUAAGGACUCUUAAGAACUUGUAUAACAAUUGAGAAAUGAACACACCCAUCUUUCUAAGUAAAUUGCCGAAUUUGAAAGAAAAAAAUAAUUAAUUGAAGACAAAUUACGAGAAUUAUCAAUUAAGUUCAAUACAUUUUACUAAUAUAGUGAUUAACCAGACAUACCCCAUAUGGUUUUUAAAAUGCCCAAUGAACCUAUCCAAGAAGAGUCAAUUACAAACUAAGAAAUAUUUUAUCAAUUAAAUGACUACUAAGAAUACAUACCAGAAAAACAAGAAAAUUAAAUCAAAGUUAAAAAAGAACUAUUUGAAUAUUUUAGUUAUAAAUCAGAUAUAUUAUAGAAUUUUGAUGAUUUAAAUGAUAUAACAAAUCUUAAGAAAUUAUCUGAAUAAUUUGGAAUUAAAACAAACAAUACAAAUAAAUUAAAAACAUAAUUAAAAAUUAUUUUAUCAUAUUUGCAAAAUUAAUCAUUUCCAGCAUCAUGGAAUCAAAUUUAUAAUUAAGAAUUAUUUGAAAAAUUAGAAAUUUGA